GAUGGAAUCCGCAGCAGAUAUAAUUCCAUUGUUCGUCCGUCGCUUUCCCGUUUGGAUGUGCAAUGAUGAAAACCGGAAUCGAAGGAAGCGGAGAAUACGGUAUCAUCGUCUUUCCCGCUCUGGCCAUGCCUCAGAAUCGGGCAUGCGUACACGUUGGUCUACCUAUAAAAGUGACAUCUACAGCGAGUGAUGAAAGUUGUCGAGCUUUCGCACAGUAUCUCCGCUGUGGGACUAUAACAUGUCUGAUUCACAAGACUUGCCCACUUUCGCACUGCCGCCCUUUGAUCAUGUGAAGGCAGAUGUGAUCCUACGCUCGUCUGAUGGCAUGGACUUCCUUGUUUUCAAGCUCUUCCUCUCUCUUGCAUCGCCGUUCUUCGAGACUCUCUUCGAUCUUCCCCAGCCAUCCGAGGAGACCAGCACAGAUGUGGUGAUCAGAGAUGGACUACCUGUCAUCCCCGUCUCGGAGGAUGGCAGGACCCUGGACUCACUCCUUCGCUUCUGUUAUCCCUGCACUUUAGCAGAGGACCCUAAGCUCGAGGACUUCAGAGAGGUCGUUGACGUUCUCGAGGCAGUCAAAAAGUACUCUCUUGAUGGAAUCGAGCGGACGGUGUGCAAGUCUCUAUUCAACCCACAGAUUUUGGAGGUGAACUCGCUGCGCUGUUUCGCGAUCGCCUGCCACUCCCGCAUGCAAGAUGAGUGCGUCCUUGCUGCUAAGUACACCCUUCGAGAGCCUCUGGUUCCGGGGUGGUUCCAGGAGAUCGAGCUGAUUACUUCCACGGAACUCCUUUCGUUAUUGACAUACCAUCGAAAGUGCAGUAACGCACUCCUGACGCUUAAGGACGACCUCACUUGGAUCACAAACGAAUAUCAUCAGUGGAACGCGAUCCCAUGGGUAAUUGCUAGGGUUUCCGGUGGCAGCUACUGCGGCUGCCCUCGAUCAUCGUUAGAGAGAAAUCUAUUUGGAGAUCGAUAUUCGACUGCCCAAUGGUGGGAGGACUUCAUGGACUCGACUUUUCUGGAUUUGCGAGAUAAGCCUUGUGCGGAGACAAUUAAGUCAAAUGUCAAAAAGGCAAUACAUGCUGUUCGACAGCGUAACUGCAGGCAUUGUGCCCCCGUGGUGCCAGCAGGCAUGCGAGAUUUGGGCACCGUGCUUACGAACAAACUUGAAGAGCUGACUUCAAAGGUCGAACUGGACCUGAAGUUCUGAUCUCUGAGAUACGUUUUUGUCUGCUGUCAAAGGUUCCUAGUCUGCUAGCUGCAGAGAGUUAGCAUAUUCUCGUCCUUACCUUACGGGACCAAACAUGUCAAUCGAUAAGCGUGUAGGAUAGUCUGCCUGUACCUGUGAAUAUGCAACUUCGUCCGUACUAUUCAG